UCAAGAUGGCGGGAGCAGCUACCCCGGUUUCCCUGGAGGCGACUCCGCGAAUCAUGCGUCUGGUGGCCGAAUGCAGUCGCUCCAGGGCUCGGGCGGGCGAACUGCGGCUGCCGCACGGACCGGUGGCCACUCCAGUGUUCAUGCCAGUGGGCACUCAGGCCACCAUGAAGGGUAUCACAGCCGAGCAGCUGGACGCCCUGGGCUGCCGCAUCUGCUUGGGCAACACCUAUCAUCUGGGUUUGAGACCGGGCCCUGAGCUGAUCAAGAAAGCCGAAGGUCUCCACGGCUUCAUGAAUUGGCCCCACAAUCUGCUGACAGACAGUGGUGGCUUCCAGAUGGUGUCCCUAGUGUCCCUGUCUGAGGUGACAGAGGAGGGCGUCCGCUUUCGCUCCCCCUAUGAUGGUGAUGAGACCCUUUUGAGCCCGGAGAAGUCCGUGGAAAUUCAGAACGCACUGGGCUCGGACAUCAUCAUGCAGCUAGACGACGUGGUCAGCAGCACUGUGACAGGUCCACGUGUGGAAGAAGCCAUGUACAGGUCAAUCCGCUGGCUGGACCGGUGCAUUGCAGCCCAUCGGCAACCGGACAAGCAGAACCUGUUCGCCAUCAUCCAGGGUGGGCUGGAUGCGGAUCUGCGGGCCACUUGCCUUGAAGGCUGUGUGCUCCUGGGCCAGCAUUUCCAUCUCUCUGAGCCUCUCUUCCUCUGUAAAAUGGAAACUGAAUCCCAGUUAUCUUGGAGUGGAGAGAUGACCAAAAGGGACGUGCCAGGCUUCGCUAUCGGAGGCCUGAGUGGUGGUGAGAGCAAGGCCCAGUUUUGGAAGAUGGUGGCACUGAGCACCUCCAGGCUGCCGAAGGACAAGCCCCGCUACCUGAUGGGCGUUGGCUAUGCUACCGAUUUGGUGGUCUGCGUGGCUCUUGGAUGUGACAUGUUCGACUGUGUUUAUCCCACAAGGACAGCGCGCUUUGGCUCUGCCCUGGUGCCCACAGGCAACCUGCAGUUGAAGAAGAAGCAGUAUGAGAAGGACUUUGGCCCCAUAGACCCCGAGUGCACCUGCCCCACUUGCAAGAAGCACAGCCGGGCCUUCCUGCACGCUCUACUGCACAGUGACAACACAGCCGCCCUGCACCACCUCACUGUCCACAAUAUCGCCUACCAGCUGCAGCUGAUGAGUGCCAUGCGCACCAGUAUCGUGGAGAAGCGCUUCCCUGACUUCGUGAGGAACUUCAUGAGCACCAUGUAUGGGGACCACACCCUUUGUCCCACCUGGGCCACCGAAGCCCUGGCCUCUGUGGGAAUAACACUGGGCUGACCUGGCCAAGGGAAAUGGAGGUUGGGGCUGGAAGAUACUGAAGGAUUUUUUAAGCUUUUAAAAAUUCUAACGUAGUGUGUGUCUGUUUUCUUUUGGGAGGUGGCCUGUCCCCAUUACCUUCCCAGUCUGAGCAUUACUGCAGUUGGAUUGUCCACCCCUCCCACUGAGAGUAAGAAGUGACCACAUUGGCUCAGUGGUAGUGACCAUGCUUAGCAUGCAGGAAUCCCUGGGUUCCAUCCCCAGCAGUGCAGGGGGGAGGGGAAAAAAAAGGAACCAUGGCAGCAGCUGGUAACUGGAAACCACUUGGCACAGCCCAGCAUGUAGGAUGUGGUCUCAGGGUGGGAGCUACAUCCUUUUUCCUGUGGUCCAGGCUUUCCAACGACUCUG